UGCGGGUUGCAUAACCACAACUUUCGGUGACAAUAAUGAGGUUUUAUCCUUUUGUUAUUUAAACUUUGAACACUACUAUGUAGAUUUUGGCCCGAUCGCAGUUGGAUAUAUUUGAAGUUUUCUUAGGUUAAAUUAACCGCAAACAAUAAGUUUACCCACUGGUGACACGUUCCACAAGAUUUGUUUUUAUGCUGCUUUAAAGUAAAAUGUUCAUUGAAUUUUCGAAGACGUUCGUAAACCAGAGAUCUUCGCCGAAAAAUGUGCACCACUGUACUGUUUGUCCAUACUUCACAUCAUCAAUGCUUCUUAUGGUGAACCAUGUUCGACGCCAUCGUACUUCUUUGUUACCUUUUAACUGUGAAGACACCCCUGUUGAAUCUUAUUGUUGCAAGGACUGUGGUUUUCAAACUUACCUCACAGUUCUUUUCAAGUACCACCUUAGGAGGUAUCAUAACAUCAAAACAGAAAACAGGAAAGAUUCACCAGAUGAAGAAAUCCUCAUUCAGAACUAUGUUUGUAAAAAAUGCAAUUUUGAAACACAUUCUCUCGUUAAACAACUCCAACAUGCUGUUACAUGUUUUGAUGAAAAUGGAAGUCCUCAAGAAUUUGAUUGUGUAAAUGAUGUUAAAAAGAAUGUGGUUAAAGAUUUGAGAAGAUAUUACUUAAUUUCACGUCUAGAUAAAACUAAAGACAACUCCACUUUAAGAAGGCAUUUAGAUGAACAAAGUUCUAAAUGGUAUGUGUGUAAAAUGUGUCCAUACAAAGCUAAAAGAAAUGGCCAUAUAAAAAGACACCUAGUUGUGCAUCAUUUAAAAGAACAGGAUAUUCAGUGGAUCAAAUGCAAAAAAUGUCCAUUCAAAACCAAGCACAAAGAAUCGUUAAGAACUCAUCUAAUUUUUCGACAUUCUGAUGAAAAUGAUGUUAAAUGGUAUCCAUGCAACAACUGCUCCUAUAAAGCCAAAGUAAAGUCGCAGUUAAUGAGUCACGUGACAACACAUCAUCUUGAUGAAGAAAAUAUCAAAUGGUAUGAAUGUAACCAGUGUUCAUAUAAAGCUAAAAGGCAACAUGCUUUAAAAAAGCACAUGAAUAGACGUCAUUUGGAUGAAAAAGACAUCAAAUGGUGCGUAUGUGACCAGUGCCCUUACAAAACUAAAAGCACUACUUAUUUAAAGCAGCACAUCUAUAGGCGGCAUUUGGACGAGCACCAGAUUAAAUGGUAUGAAUGUCAAGAGUGCCCCUUCAAAACCAAAACAAAUUGCCAAUUGCAAAAACACAUUAAUGCACACCAUUUGGAUGAAUGCCAAACUAAAUGGUAUGCAUGUGAAACUUGCCCAUAUAGAGCUAAAAAUAUGUCUACUUUAAAAAGGCAUAUUAGAGGACGUCAUGAUAAUAUGUGGUAUAAAUGUGAAAAGUGUGUUUAUAAAUCUAAUGAAAAAUCAGGCUUGAGAAGACAUAUACGUAAUCGCCAUCUGAACCAAUAAAAGAUUAAACUAAAUGUAGCAAUAUAACGAUAUGGAGAAAGUUUUUUGAAUAAUUUUUAAUUUGUC